AUGGGUACACCAAAGGGCAAAGACAGGAAGCCAUUCAUCCUGGAAGUGGAUGACAGGACUGACGAAGAGCGUGCACAGAGCCAAGAACAGGAAGCAAAGGAUCACUGGGCAUCUGCUCUUCGACUGGGUCCAACUGAAAAAGACAAAAGCCCUAUGGACUCUGAAUAUCAAGAGGACGUAGGAGAGACCACUCCGCAGAUCAAAAUCAACAGGAAAUUCAUCAAGGGUAUCAGAGGAAUAACAGGUGAAGCUGCUCAAGACAAAGACAAAUUCGACAUUAAAAGGCUCUUCACAGCAGUUUCAAGUGGAGAGGUUGCCCAGCUAGAGGGACUGGAGCAGUAUCUGCGUCGUGCUAUGAAAUACCUGACUGACUCUGCCUAUCAGUCCAAGGGCAAGACUGCUUUACUCAAAGCUCUCCUAAACCUAAGAGAUGGCAGAAAUGACACCGUUAAAUUACUCCUUGACAUCACUGAGAAGAUGGGUGAUUUGAAGAAAUUUGUCAAUGCUGCAUAUACUGAUGUUUAUUACAAAGGCCAGACUGCCCUUCAUGUAGCCAUUGAGAGAAGGAGUAAAUACUUUGUUGAGCUUCUGGUUGAGAAAGGUGCUGAUGUCCAUGCCAAGGCCUGUGGGAAGUUCUUUCAGCAGCUUGAUGGACCCUGCUUCUAUUUUGGCGAGCUACCGCUUUCGCUGGCAGCCUGCACCAACCAGAGAGACAUAGUUGACUUCCUGUUGGAAAACCAGUACCAGAAUGCAGAUGUGAGGGAGACAGACUCACAGGGUAACAUGGUUCUCCAUGCUCUGGUGCUGGUAGCAGAUAACAGUCCGGAGAACACGGAAUUCAUUGUUAAGAUGUAUGACCACAUCUUGGCCAAAGCGGCACAGCUUUACCCAAAAGUCAAGCUGGAGGAGAUUGAGAACAAACAACGCCUCACACCAAUUAAACUCGCAGCCAACAGAGGCAAGAUUGAGCUGUUUAAACAUAUGUUACAUCGAGAGUUCCAGGAUAAAGAGACCAGACAUCUUUCCAGAAAGUUCACUGAGUGGGCCUAUGGGCCUGUCUAUUCCUCACUGUAUGACCUGUCAUCACUGGACACCUGUGAGAAGAAAUCUGUCCUGGAGAUAGUCGUUUACGGGACCGAAAGCCCAAAUCGUCUGGAGAUGCUUCAGGUGGAGCCACUCAAUCAGCUGCUGGAGGAGAAGUGGAAGAGAUUUGGUUAUCCAAUAUUUCUCUUCAAGUUUGUAGUUUAUGUGUUGUACCUCUCCGUAUUCUCCACUGUGGCCUAUUUCAGGAAAGACGGAUCAGCUGGUCUGCCACCAUAUCCGUUGGAGGAUACAAAAGAGGAUUACUUUCUCCUGGCAGGGCAACUCAUACUUCUCUUGGCUUCUGUUUACUUCUUCUUUAAAGGGUUUUCGGAUUUCAGUAGGAAACAUCCAACACUGGGAACUUUGUUAAUAGAUGGCUUCUGUGAACUCCUUUUUUUCAUCCAGGCAGUUCUCUUCCUGGCGUCUGUGGCACUCUACUUUUGUGGCAGGAUGGAGUACCUUGGGUUCAUGGUAUUCUGUCUGGCUCUCAGCUGGAUGAACCUACUCUACUUCUCCAGAGGAUCCAAGAACAUGGGCAUCUACAGCGUCAUGAUACAGAAGAUGAUUCUUGGGGACCUUUUUCGUUUUCUUUUUGUUUACAUGGUUUUCCUCUUUGGAUUUUCAUCAGCGGUAGUCACUCUACUGGAAGAGCCAGAGACAUUUGUUCCCAAAGCGCGUUUUGGAUUUGUACAGACCAAUGAUUCCACUAGCAAAAAGCUAACUUACAAGAACUUCUACUUCACUACUCUGGAGCUGUUCAAGUUCACCAUAGGCAUGGGGGACCUGGAGUUCACUGAGCAGUACCGCUACAAGGAGGUGUUCUAUGUGCUUCUCAUCUCCUACAUCGUCCUGACCACCAUUCUGCUCCUCAACAUGCUCAUCGCCCUCAUGAACAAAACUGUGAAGAAGAUCUCAGAGGAGAGCACCAGCAUCUGGAGACUACAGCGAGCCAUUACUAUCCUAGAUACAGAAAGAUGUCUACCACAGUGUUUGAAGCGCAGACUUCGUUCUGGAGUAGAGAAAAACCUGGGCAAGGGGAAUGAAGAGGACCUUCGCUGGUGCUUCAGAGUGGAGGAAGUCAACUGGAACAAAUGGAACACCUGCCUGGGCAUUAUCCAUGAGGAUCCUGGGAGCCAAGACUUCAAGAUACCAAUGACUCCUCCUCGCAGACCAGGGAGGGGAAGAAGCUUGCGAGGGUUCCUGAGGGAUUUCAGUCGCCGUCAGCCUCAAGGCCAACAACAAGGACAAGAAGAAGAGAUGAGCCUUCGGUCACUCAGCAACAUCUGAUCAAAUAACACCUCCCAGCAGUUCUACAUGUCACUAUUUAUCAAAGACAAAUAUGAAAUGUGAAAUAGAAUGAUCAGAACCAGGAUAAGCACAGUGUCUGACAUGGGGCCAUAGACAGGUCAGCUAUGAUGAGGUCCAUCUAUAGAGGCUAUAAUUAGGAGAGCUUAGGUCAACAUGAUCGAAAUAAUCUUUCUCGAUAGACUUUUUCCUGAGGGCUCUGGUUCGCAACCUAAGGGUCCGGCAAAUAU